GAUUUCAAUUCAGAUACUACGGUGGUCAGAACUAUUUGUACGAUAUCGAUGGCUUCCAACACCAUUUGGAUGUACAUUCUGAUUGCUAUAUAUACACCUUCCAAUCUGGCAGCUGAACCACCGAAGGAAGUAACUCCACCCAAGCAAGUGAAGCCAUCGAAGUUCAUGGCUUCCGGUGUGACUUUUCUUAAGUUUACUACGUUGGAAGUUCGUGGUGUAACAUGCAUCAAAGCACGAACAACUUGGGUCACUGCAAACCGAACCUUUAUACAGCAUGAGGUUGUCAAGUCUGAUGGGAACUGGUGGGAAAAAUAUUUAAAUUACAGGCCAAUAUGGAAAACUAAAAAUCCUUUGCUGCUGCAAGGCUUUGCACUUGAAAAUCACACUACAGGUGAUAACACGACGCACAUAUUGAAUUAUACAACAAAAUAUUGUGCUGUUAUCCAUACGCAAACAAGGAAUGUAACAGGCGAAGUUGAGAGUGAAGCCUGGGAACUGUGGAUGAAUUACGCCUACUUUCGAAGAAACCGCAACGAUGAAGCUAUCUGCAAAAAGACGUAUAUAAAUAUUUGCAACUGCGAGAACACUACCAAAGAAUACAAUAUCGAUGCUUGUGAAGAACAAACAUACAAGCAAAAGCUAGUCAAAUGAACAGCGUGACUCCUUGGGAGCAAUUAAGUGGGCGUUACAUUGAGAGGAUCUCAAUAAAUUUAUAUGAAACUUUU